UUGUUUUAAAAGAUUUAAUUUAGCGUGUAUUCAUGUCGUUACCAAUCAAGGUUUUAUCUGUCACACUUGCGGCAUAUUUUAUAUUCAUAGGAGUUUCAAAAAUUACUCCUAAAGUUAAUAGAGGCAUUUACUAUAAUUGGCUUAAAGCUUUUAAGUCAUUCACUAUAGACACCCUUCGUGGACCUAUUAAAGACCAAACAGGUAUUCUAAUUAAAUCAAAAUAUCUAAGGAGAGGAGUAGGAUGUGCCGAAGUUAUUACCGGACUUUUUUUAUUACCUGUUUUUCCAAGAAUUAUAUCAAAUUUAUCCAAUUUAAUAUUAAUUACACUAAUGGGAUUUACCUUAGUAAUGCAUUUUAGUUUAAACAAAGGCCUUGAAUAUAUGGCAGCUCCAUUAGUUUUUAUUUUAUUGCUAAUUGCUCGAUUAAUAAUGGUAUAUCAAAGUAAAAAAGUUGUACCUGUAUACCAACCAAGACCUGGCAUGCAAUAUGAUAAAAAAGAAAAAUUGAGUGAUAGUGAAUCUGAAAAUACUGAACAAUCUGAACUUGAUGAUAGUGCAGGAGAUAGAGUUAAGGAAGAUUAAAAUUUCUCAAAUAUGUAUUCCUUAUUUCAUAGUCAUGCCUGUUAAAAAGUUGUAAAUAUAAUUUAAUAUUUUGAAUAUAUUAUUAACAUUAAUUCUUGUGAAUAAUUGAUAUAUUAAUAGCUCAAAUUUUGUAUUAAUUUUUUUUAUUAUACAUAAACCUCUAUAUGUUUUGAUUUAUGGAUAUGAUUUGACUAAUAGCAAUAAAAUUCUAUUAAAUGUA